AUGAAGGGCUAUCUCACUCUUGCAGCCUUCGCUGCCGGAUCUCAGGCCCUCGUCAGCCGCGCUAGCAGCUGCUGCUUUACUCUGAGUUCCAACGGGUCUCCGGUCGGUCAGCUCAGUGAUGGUCAGAACCGUAUCGGAGACAACAGUCUUCCCGCGGGACAAUAUUGUAUUAACGGUGGCUCCAUCACCGAUGGCCAAGGUCGCGGUUGCAUUUUGACCCCACCCACUACUCAAUUGCAGUGCGAUGUGGGAGCUACCCCCACCUCCGGCUUCUCGAUCAGCUCCAACGGUUUGCUAGAAUACAAUGGCAGUCCCGACUUCAUUGCCUGUGAGACUGGUGACAACGGGGGUUUGAACAUUUAUACUACCCAAAGUAACGACCUGAGUAACUGCCAGAAGAUCGAGUUGCAAGCCAGCUCAUGCUCCAGUGGAAACACCCCGCCACCUUCGACUAACUGUGGAGCUGCGCUUUCCUCGGGCAAUUAUGAAUCCCCCCCACCUGAUUAUUCCUAUCGAUUCCUCGUCCCCAACAAAGCUGCUGGUACCUCGUCGAAUGGCGAAGUGACUUCCACGGUCUCUAGCAUUUUCAACUUUGAUAUCCCUUCCUCUGAUUCGGGCAAAACUUGUAGCUUGGUCUUCCUGUUCCCCGAGAAGGCCAAUCUCCAGACAUCGUCUUUCACGUUUAGUGGAGAUGGCAAGAUCGAUGUUUCCAAAUUGUCCAUGGCUGCUACUACCUCGACGACCUUUAACAACGCUCCGUCUGUCUCCCAGGACUUCGGUGAUAUUACUGUUUCGCCUGGUAACUCCUACAUUAUCUCGACCUUCUCGUGCCCCGCUGGCCAGACGGUGGCCUAUGAGAUGAAGAAUGCUGGUAGCACUGAGCUAAACUUCUUCGAAGACUUUAACCCUGCUCCGUAA